AUGCAGCACUUCGCAAAUCCGCUCCUGAGGCAUGUAAUCUACACGGGCUGCUUUGAUGCUGCUUCCAAGAGGCAGUGCUUGCAGUAUUUAAGAGCUCUGAGGACAAUGCAGCUUAAUGGUUUCAACACUGUUUUUUUAGGGGAAACACAUAUUCCAGAAAGUCUUGUAACAGGAGAAAAAAUAGCCAAGGAGGCCAACCUGCGCUGGCCAGUAUGGACACUUGUUCACGCAAGCAGCAGCCAAGGGUGGGUGCCCUGGAGGUACAAGCUGCUAUUAAGGGAUGAUCUGCCCAUCCAUCAGCAGAAUGGUAUCUUUCAGGAGUUGUGUGAUUCUCUGACCGCCUCCUAUGGGAAGUGCGUAAUUGUGACAAGGGAUAAAACGCAGCCGAUGCACGUGGGGGCAAAAGAUGGCAAGGAGCCAGAGACAGGAACUCUGCCACCAGUCCCACCAGCGAUCUACAUGUCCGGCAUUGAGUUUUGCCCAGAAGUUGCUAGAGCAAAUGGCCAUGAGUUUCUUGUUGUACCUUCAUCUUACAACUAUCUCUAUCCUAUGGAUGUUGCCUGGUCUUGUUUGAAAUGGUUUAUUAUAAACAACAGGAAGGACUUUGCCCUGAGGUCUAUUGAGAGGACCCAUUCCUACAGGUGUAUCCUCCUCAGUGACUUGAUCGUUAAAGGAAUAGAGAAGAUGACCCCAAACAAAUGGAAGAUAACGAUGAACAGAGUGAAGAGAUGGGAGAACUACUACCUUGACACACUUUCUUAA